UUGUCCGUUUGCUUCCUUAGUUGCUUCUUUCCUGCUGCUGCAAUUUUUGCAAAAAAUAAAUAUUUUUACCUGCAUUUGGUCCUGCUCUCUGCAUCCUGGGGUCAAACCUUAAAGCUCUCGAGACUGCCUGUGACAUCGUCCAGUGGGUGUCGAGUUGGAGGAAGGAUGACCACAUGAGUCCACACUGUCCACAUUGCAUACAUGAGCCUAUCGAGAGAUUGGUCUUAAUACAGAGCCAGACAAAAAGAGCACAGCUAAACGUCCCUGCCCGGUUUUAGUUGUGAGUUGCAGUUGCAGCGGUUGCUGGCGGCCAAUGGGUGAAGACAGCGCCCUUCCAUGGCAGGCAGAUGUGGACCAAUCCGUGAAGGGGCAGUAAGAUAGGAGAAGCAACGCCAGGAAGCCGCCAGCAUCACUUUUUAUUUGUGCCGCCCGAACCUCCGGUGUAUGUUUGGUUCGGCCCAGCUGAUGGAAUACGCAAAGGGUGCAGUUGAAGGUUCGCUGCUGGCUACCAGCAACGUCAGCAACGUUCCGGCCUUCCUCGCUAAACUGUGGACUUUGUUGGAAGACCCUGAAACUGACCCCCUCAUCUGUUGGAGCCCGACGGGAACCAGUUUCCAUGUAUACGAUCAGGGUCGGUUCUCUAAGGAGGUUCUCCCACAGUUCUUCAAACACAACAACAUGGCCAGUUUCAUCCGACAGCUCAAUAUGUAUGGCUUCCGGAAGGUGGUGCACAUCGAGCAAGGCGGUCUGUUGAAACCAGAGAAAGAUGACACAGAGUUCCAGCAUCCAUUCUUCAUCAGAGGACAAGAACAUUUACUGGAGAACAUCAAACGCAAAGUCACCAAUGUAUCUGCUGUGCGGCAAGAGGAGGUGAAGAUCUCAGCAAAUGAGGUCAGUAAGAUCCUGAAUGACGUACAAAUGAUGAAGGGAAAGCAGGAGACCAUUGACUCCAGAAUCAUCGCCAUGAAGCAUGAAAACGAGGCUCUAUGGAGGGAAAUGGCGUGUCUGAGACAGAAACACGCGCAGCAGCAGAAAGUGGUCAACAAGUUGAUUCAGUUCCUGGUAUCGCUGGUCCAGUCCAAUCGGAUCAUGGGAGUCAAGCGAAAACUCCCACUGAUGCUCAAUGAUGCCAGCAGCACCCACUCCAUGCCCAAAUACAGCCGACCCCUUUCACUGGAGCACUUGCUGUCUGCAGCCAGCACCUACUCAGCGGAAUCCUCUUUGACCUCUGGACCCAUCAUCUCUGACGUCACAGAGCUGGCCACGCCCGCAUCAGAAGAGGUGGUCAGUGACUGGAUGGAAGCUGGAAAGACUAACAUCAAGGAGGAGGAGCCUGUCAUUCCUGACAUGGUGGACAGUCCUGUCCUGGAGGAUGUGGGUACGUCUGUAGACACGCCUCUUUCUCCCACCGCCUUCAUCAACUCCAUUCUGCAAGAAAAUGACACGCAGUCUUCCCAGAACACCGUAAUGGCCAACCUGGCGCCAGCUGCUCCUGUGGUUCUGAUGAGCACCCCCCACACCGGGCCCCUCCCACCAGUUCCAAAUGGCCAAACACCCGCCUCCAACCCAGACUUGGCUCACAAGUGUCAGACGGUUGUCUGUAUUGACAAGUCUGAAUUGUCGGAUCACGUGGAAACCAUUGACAACAGUCUAGAAAACCUGCAGAACAUCCUGAACAACCAAACCUUCACCUUUGAUACUUCUCCGCUCAUGGAGUUGAUGUACCCCUCGUGGUCCCCAGGAGACUUUGACAUCAACAGCCUGGACAGUCUUCUAUGUGACGACACCUCCAAAGGAGCCCAUCAAAGCAACACCACAGGGAAGCAGCUGGUGCAGUACACGCCUGUGCAGAUUUCUGAAGCCGUCGAUGCAGGCGAGGGCGGGGCCGACUUGCCGUCGUUACUGGAGUUGGAGGCGCAGCCUUUCCUCAAUCCUGACACGCCCACUGAUGACCAAACAGCAAAUUGAACUCUGACCUCUGACAUCAGCAAGGAGGGAUGAGACUCUUGCUGUUACUGAUCAGCAGGUCAAAGGUGACAUUUUCCCUAUGCAGACAUUGCUUUUCAUACACGUGUAAGAAGACGGAAUAUUUUUGCAAACUGGAUAGCCAGCUGAGGUAUUGUUGUGGCUGUAUUUUAGUGUUUACUGCAUCCAAUCAUUUGUUGGCUUAUAAAAAUACACAAGCUGUUAUCGACAAAUAUGUCUCCAUAGCAGUUGAUGUUCAAAAUAGACACAUUUAUUGUCAAAUCAUUAAAAGACAUUUUGCGGGUUGAA